UUACAGCCCAAUAAAUUAAAUAAACCAUUAAAAGUUUGGCUAAAAACUCUGAAAACCAAAAAGCCAACAAACCAGAGAUCAAAUGGCAAAGACUGAUUAACAGAUUAGAUUAAGAGACAAGACGUGAAGACAAUGAUGUUCUAAAUUCUUAAUUCCGAAGAAUGAUAUUUCAUGAUUCCUGCAUUUUUUUUUUCUCUUUCUAAAGAGAACAAGAGAGUUGCUUGAAUUGAGUUACCUGAAAAGUCCUUCUUUGAUUUGCUCUCUGCCCCUAAGCUGUUUCCUUUAAGCUUGCUUGGUCUCCACUUCAUAGGAAAGCGAAAGUUAAUUCCUCUGCCUCUUAAUUUACUCAAAUUGGAUGAAGAGCUUGUGAUAUAGAUUGAAGAAUCAAGGUUAGAUUUUAAGGUGACAAUGUGGUUGUUUCCAUCAAAUUCAAGUGUUACAACGGGGCAGAGUAAUGGUGGAAACAAUCGUGCUUUGUUGUAUCUCAAUGUAUAUGACCUCGCACCUAUAAAUAACUACCUUUACUGGUUCGGACUUGGGAUAUUCCAUUCGGGGAUUGAAGCACAUGGUUUGGAGUAUGGCUUUGGAGCACAUGAGUACCCUACAAGUGGGGUGUUUGAAGUGGAACCAAGAAGUUGUCCUGGUUUCUUCUUCAGAAGAUCAGUAUUAUUGGGUAGCACUAACAUGUCUCGAUCAGAAUUUCGGUUAUUUAUGGAACAGCUUUCUCAAAAAUACCAUGGGGACACAUAUCAUUUGAUUGCCAAGAAUUGCAACCAUUUCACUGAUGAAGUGUGCAUGCAGCUAACUGGAAAGUCUAUUCCUGGAUGGGUAAAUAGGCUGGCACGACUAGUUUCAGGUUCAUUUUGUAACUGUCUACUUCCAGAAAGCAUUCAGGUUACUGCAGUUCGACAUCUUCCUGAUCAUCCAGCAUAUUCUGAUGAUGAGAGAUCAGAUUCUGCUGCAACAUCUUUAAUGGCAGAGAGUGAAGAAGAGGAUGCAGAUCAUCAUCUGCUGACUACACCACAUAGUGAUGUUGCAUUUCUCAAAGAAAGACCAGUGAAGCUUGCAAAAGAACUCUUAUGAUUUUUCCUCCCAACUGUAAUUUGUUUCAUUUGUGGGUCUUUCUGUUUAUUUUUUUCUUCUAACCUAUGGUCUCAAAUGCAUCUGAGUAUAUGUCAGAGCUCUUCAAGGUACAGUGAGGACGCUGUUGACUUCAUUUUUAUUCAAAAAUGUAUGAUCAUGCUCCAACUUAUUCCUUUACUACGAUGCAUAGAUUUAGAGUUGUUACAGUAUGACCCUCGAAGUCAUGGGUUGUUACUAGAUGCCAUUAGGUUGGAAGAAUUCCCAUGUUUUUGUAAUGUAGCACUCCUUGAAUGUUGUGCAUCCUGGCUAAAUUCUCGGAUCUGUAUUAUUAGUUGUAUUUCCUUCAUCUCCUUGUGAGAAAAUUAUUGUAUUCUGACAUCUUUCGUUCGUCAAACAGAAGAUUUCUUUUUGCUUCUAGGUUUGGUUGAAGCA